GCAGUCAAGGAGCUCCACGAUAGCCGUACAAUCCAUCGUGAUAUCAAGCCAGACAACUUCUUGGUCGAUGAGAAGGGUCACCUAGUCUUAAGAGACUUUGGAUACUCAUACUUCGAGAAAGCCAAAACAUUCACGUCCGUGGGUAUGCCCGGGUAUGCGGCACCGGAGGCCAUUGUGUCUGAGUCCAAAGGCUAA